UUCAUAAUGACGCGUAAUGAUGCAUUGUCAAAUGAAAUUUUGCUGCGCAGUCGAAAGUAGUCCAGCACCGGCUCAAUGAUAUAAUUUCAUGAGGCUCAGACGCCUGGUUCCAAUGCGGACCCAGCCACACCCGGACUCGGACGCACUAGCAACAGCUUCAGCGACUUUCUCUCAAUCAUUCGAUAUCUCUGAUUGAGUGAACUCCACGCGGAAGAAACGAUUUCUUCACUGCUGUUGGAGACUCCCAGUCCACUCCAUCACUGUCAGUGCACCACAGUCACUCGGCCAAGAUGGUUCAGCGUUUGUCUUGGGCUCCCCUAGCAGCAGUUGUCUUGACCAUCGCUGGGCUUCAUGAGGUUUCAGCCAAGGUUUGCUACUUAAGUCAGGAGCCGGACCCAUCUCACAACUGGAGGCUUCGCUGGUUGAUCCAAGGAACACAGGAAAACUGCAUAUGCACCAGCAUCCGAGUUGGGGGUGUGAACCUCAGAUUCCAACAGCAGCAAUCCUACAAACCGUACCUCACAGAUAACCCACUGUUUACCACGGACGUCGAGAAAAUACGCGACUACUUUGGAUGCAAUUAUCCUGCUGACUGCCAGGAGUGGCUGGAUGCAGGAUACAAUACCAACGACGUGUAUACCAUCUACCCAAUGCAGUAUCAAAAUGGCUUGCAGAUCUACUGUGAUAUGAAGAAGAAUGAGUCACGUUGGAUGGGCCUCCAGGGAGGUUGGAUUGUGUUUCAGAGACGCCAGGACGGGUCGGUGAAUUUCACCCGUAGCUGGGCCGAGUACCGUGAUGGAUUCGGUAAUCUGACAGGGGAGUUCUGGCUGGGUAACGAGUAUAUUCGCCAGCUCACCGGGGAAGGCAGAUGGGAACUGCUGGUGGAGCUGCUUGUACGUAAGGCAACCACGUCAUUGGCGAGAUACCUGAUGUGGUACCGGACAUUCAACAUCACUGGUGAACAAUACACCCUGCACGUUGGAGGUUAUGAUACGACCCUACAUCUAACCGUAUGUGAUGUUGCACAGUGCCGAUCUGGUGGUGACUCUCUCACGACCAAGCACAAUAACCAAGACUUCUCAACCUAUGACCGAGACAACGACAACGAUGCUGGCAACAACUGCGCUGAGAAGUACAGCGGAGGCUGGUGGUUCAAUAAGUGCCAUUCCGUCUCUGCUUGGAAUCCAGACGUGACAAGUAACCUCAAUGGCGAAUAUUCCACAGCCAGGGGUGGGUCUGCAAAUCCUUCUUUUCUAAGAUGGAAGGGCGUUGGGCCGAGUGAAACAAUAUACACAAGUGAAAUGAAAAUGCGAAAAGUGUGAAUGCCUGUUCGAUUUCAUUUAUUCUGUGCAAAAGAAUGUUCUCGAUAUUUCACCUAUUAUUAGAGGGGCUUGGCCAUAAUGAAACUUUCAUGCCGAAGGAGUACAAUCAAAAUAAUGUCAAGAGUUAUCACAAUGUUAUAACACAACGUGUCCACCAAACAAUCAUUAAGGAGCAAGGCUAAUUAACUCGGCAGACCUCGAUGUGACUAGGAUUCCCACUGGUAGCCUGUGACCCAGAUCCACCAGGAAACAAUUUUGAGAUGACAAAAAUACCUUUCCAUUUAAUGAACCUAUCUGAGUGCACCGAAAAAUUUGGAGAGGCAGAAAUGCAGAUUUCUGAUGAAAUUACUGCGAAUAAAAGCGUGUUCCAAGUUCACGCUGUCUCCUAUGCUUUGAUGGCAUUAUUACGUUGGACUUUAAUCUCUAAAGCUCUGUAACUGUACAUGAAACAUGUACAAGCAUGGUUGAUGCUUGGUAAGGAAUUUUGCUCAACGAUAUCACUUUUCUGUCACGUAUAAAAGCAUGCUUACGUUCACGCGAUAGUCACAAUUACCCGAUAAUUUUGAAACAAAGUAAUUAAAAACGUAAUGGAAGAUAAAGCACCAGUCUGUGGAUGGCAGGAAACAAUGUGUAACUGUAGAAAGAUGUCUGACAUGCUUAAUGAUGCACAGGCAAUGUGCCACCAAACGUUGCUUCGAAGUGAUUACUCGAACUUGAAAGACCCAAAUGCUGAUUGCACCAAUGCUGUAAUGAAACGUCGCCUAGCGGUAACUAUAACUAACGAGUUCUAAUGUAUUGUCCUCGAUUGAUCGCUUUUUAAAAUUUCACCAUAUUCGCCUUUGCCUGGUCCAAAGAAAUGCCAUAACAAACAUUCAAGGUCUCCAAAACACUUUGUGUUACUUUUCAGGAAAUACCAUGUUUCAGCUUGUACUUAAAUCGUGAAAUGCAGUGUGUUUUUCAGAUACAUCUAGUAACCAGACUAGAAAUAAAAGACAAGAAAUGAAAACCUGCACGUUGUGAAAACGCCCCAGUAUGAACAUCGCCUACCGUUAAUGGCUUAUUGUAGUGUGUUAAUUAGGGAAUGUGCUUGGCUGGGUUUUAAACGUUGAGGAGAAUGGAUGCGGAGUUCGUUCUCCUGAGCAAGGUCUUGAACGUUAGUGUAAGACCGGCAAAAGCAUAUAUUUAUUCCCAUUCAUACCUUUUCAUUAAAAGAGCCAAAAGAAGUCAACAUAAAUAUGAAUUCUUAAUGAUUUUGUUCUAACAUGUUACUUUCAUUAUCCCGAGCCCCCCCCUCCAUUUUAUAGUUUAUUCCUUUUGAUAACGGUUCAAUAGAAUCCCUGUCAGUGAACUUGGCGCGCGCGUGCCGCCAAGCUGGACACGUACACAGAUUUCUGACCAAUCAUGAAUCAUGUAUCCAUGUGCCGAGUCAUUUACUCAGCGAGAAUUAUCACUUCUUAGUGGGCAUUAUCGAAUGUAAAACCUCUUUUUCUCCUUUAAUUAAGGAGGACGCUUGAGUGUUUGUUAAAAUAUAGAACUAAUCAUCUUUAACUGUUUCAAAUUGGGGUACUAUAGCUUUCACCGUACCCUUUAUCACUAUCACUGUUUAGGGUUAAGAAUGGUUGUAUUUAGCAAUGAAAUGAAAAUCGGAAAAGGCCCUUUAUAGUCUACAUACCAGUCGAAGCCCAUUACUAUAAUACUGGACUUCAAGGGACAUGUGCUUUGUGCAUGCUUAACCACAUGUUAUCCGUCCAUGAGGCUCGAGGGGACUCUUCUACCCAAUUGACAGCUACAAGAAGAACAUGAACACCGUUUCAACCAAUCUCAAAAGCUCGAUCUGUGGAAUAAAAUGAAAUCUACGCAUUGGAAAUACGAUCAACACUUUAAUUCAAACAUAAAUGAGGUUGAAAUCGGAAAAUAUAUACAUACACGGCCGUCGCUACUAGGGUGACGGACCUCUUUCUGCACGGAGAAGGAGUGGUGGAGCGCUUAUUAACAGGAUGUUCAUAAAUGCUUCGGAAAGUUGUUCUAUUCCUAUUGGUCGAAACGCGUCACGCGACCGUGUUCAAUUUAGCCACUGCACAGAUGGACGUCUGGAACAAACUAAGUAAAUAAGCAUUUCUGGGCAACGAGUCAUUUUCCAACCAAGUCCUCUGAUGUAAUCCUACCUCAGUAUAUCUCUUAUCACCCCGAAAGGUUAAAUAUAGGCUUGUGGAAUCGAAGUGUAUUUUGGUAAAUUAUAUAUAUAUGAGCCAAAUACAAUACCAAUUAAGAUGGAGGCAGAUACCCUUUAGUAUAAACAUAAUUUAAUCAUGUAUUUUGAUUAGUUGAAUCGUGAGUAAAUAGAAAUAGUUCACCGUAAAAUAAUGCGGGCGAUCUAUGAUAACAGUGCCAAGCCGAACAGGACAACUGAUCAACCGGGCAAUCUCGAAGGGCAGUCUUCUCAUUUUGCACACUUGCGUCAUCUUCAAUUUUCGUAUUCUUUUCUCAGCCUGUCCUCACCUCGUUGUACGAGUAGAUCGUGGACCGUCAUGAUCCAAAAACAAAGUUUUACUAAGCGACCGUUUAUGGUGAAAAAUCCUUCAAACUUUACCACAUUUCUUUAGAUAUUUAAAGGAGGGUACACCAGUUGUGCCGUGAUUUUAAAACGAUUAAGUGAUUUAAGGAUAUAAAGUUAACUAAGUUUCUUUUAUUCCAUUGACUUAUUCCGUUUUUGAGUGAACUGCUUAGAAAAAAAAAUCGAAAAAAAGCGCUGCAGCUUUUAGAACGGUCAAAUAAAGAUCUUGUAAUCUAUAUCUUACGCAAAUUCCAUGACCCAAAGGGCGUUCUGAAUGAGCGAACAAGGUACUCGUGGGGUCUGUCUGCAGAUGAACAGGAUGACAAGCGUUUCUGCACUUUAAUGAGCAUUUUUCACGGCAAAGAGUCUUUUCAGUAAAUUUACGUUUUAAAAGUAAUGUACAUUUCCGACAAUGUGACACUGUGGAUUCAUUGAAAAAAAAAAAACGAACAAAACAACUAAACUUCAUCGAGCACUAAGUUACUUCAGUUGGCUCGUCAGUCUUGUGUCCAGGAUGUGAAACGAUCCUAAAUUUAUAUCUUAUGUAUGUGCGUGCACGCUUGUGGAAGUCAAAAAUCCAUUCUCAGUUUUCUAACUAAUAGUUGAGGGCACAGAGGGAAUUUAUAUCUGGAAACAAGGAAGGUUUAACUUCUGGAAAUUGUCGUUUUCGUUGACGAAAAUCGUCUCAGUGUGUACUAGAACUGCAAGUAACUACUCCCUGUAACUUCUACGACAAUUUUGUUUACCUGGUGUCGUAACAUUACACGUAUCAUUUCCGUUCGACUUGUGAAAACGAUUUCGACCAUGUGCGGCGGUUAUUACAGACCCAAACGCAAGUUUUCUUAACAACCCCUUAAAGCCAGCGCCGUGGGCCCUUGAGGUUUUUUCCCUGGAGGCAUAACACUCAGGCAGUUUUCAACAAUUAUUUUCCAAUUUCAUCCUUUUCUUCUUUUCGUUUGUAUGUUUCUCCCCCCCUCUUUUUUGUCAUUUUCCUCGGUGUAGGAGAGAAGGGUCUAGUAUUCCCUUAAACUCCUUGGGACAAUCACCGACGGCAAUAUUUCCAUGUAAAUGAGACAUUUCUAUGGUAUAUAGCGUCCAAUCCACUCCGUUAGUUUACAUUUUGAUAUAUAUCAUAAGCAAUAUUUGUAUCGACCUCGGACGAUGGAUGGAUUGGGGAAUGUCACCCCUAAACAAUACCAAUUGUAUUAAAGUUAAAACCAACAACCUUCCCACAUAUAUACGCUUCACAUUUUUUUCUGUAGCAGUGUACCUUUAACCGAAGACUUAGUAUACAUAUACCGUGCAGUACAUGGUACUAGUUUUUGUAUCUGUAAUAACUUAAUGUUCACUAUGAGAAUACUAAAGGUAAGAUAACUUUCAAGAAUCUUUAAAAGAGCUAGACAAAUGAAAGAAGUAACGAAGCAUGUAAUGUAAACCAUUAGAGUGUAGCAAACGCAGUACAUAAAGUUACAUGUACAUUACUCAGAAUGUAUUUUUUUUAAAGUCACAAUCAGCAAAGAGCGGUUAAUAUUGUGUAUAAUGUGAAGUUUUGGGAAUGUGUUGAGCUCAAAGUACAAUUGGCGAUGAAUGCAAUGAGAGAGACUUUAGGGAAGUCACAAUUCCUCGAACCGCAGAAGUUGCCUCAUAUUGAGUAGAAGGAAUGAGAACGUGUAAUAAACGUUAUAGUUCGUCUAAUUUUAAAA